AUGGUAAUCGCUAUCAUUCUGGCCUCCAUUUAUGUCCGUAAUCUGAGCGGCGCUGACUGUUAUAUCUUUUUCAUCUCGUUUUAUAUUAUUAUCGAUUUAGGCUUCGGUCAGUCGGACAGACGGUUGGCUCUGUUUUGCAGCCAUGCAAUCGUAAAAAUACGUCACGAAAACCUACACCUCUUGAAUAGGGAUCCAAAUAAUGAGAUCACUUCACCUGAGGAUGAGCACGACGUCUUAUGGGUGGACACAACCGAUAAUAACUCGUCCUAUGCUUUCGUGCGGCUAUCGGGGGCUCACGUGCGGCGAAUCCGAAGCGCCCGAUGGUUUAGGGGCUCAUCGGUAAUGACCGAUAACCUGCAGUCGUGGUUGGAGUCAUCGAAGGAACUGCAGACGUCUUCGAGUCAAAUCCAGGCCAUAAGGGGUCGACAGUCGGCUGUCGUGCCAUCGUUUUCGUUAGACAAAUAUCAUCCGCUGAGUCAAGUGAACCGAUAUCUGUCACAAAUCAAUAAUAUCGGUGGCGUCAGUGUGUUUGACAUAGGGGUCAGCCAUGAGGGACGACCCGUCAAAGCGGUCCAAAUCAGGAAUAACCCGACGAGUAGUGACUAUAUAUUUAUCGACGGCUGCACUCACGCCAGGGAAUGGAUAACUGUUGCGACCAUACUAUACAUCAUUGACACCAUAAUUGGCAAUAAUGUAAAGCAUAACUUCCUAAUCGUUCCCAUUAUUAAUGUCGACGGAUAUGACUACACGUGGAAUACGGACAGACUUUGGCGCAAAAACCGUCGGCCCUAUACGGCCAGCGCUUUCGGCGCCACUGAAAUGCCCGACCGAUGCAAUGGAGUCGAUCUGAACCGCAAUUAUGACGUCAACUUCGGCGGAGAGGGCGGAAGCGCUAAUCCCUGUUCCUUCCUAUUCGAGGGUCCGUCGCCUUUCUCUGAGCCAGAAGUGAAAGCCGUGAGUGAAUUGCUGUGGAAAUUCAGCACUCGUAUCAAACUGGCCAUUUCGCUCCACUCAUUCAAUCAACUCUGGGCCUGUCCUUACGCCUACACCAAGAGCUCGUCCAUGGAUUACAGUCACCACAUGGAUGUACUCCGGGAUAUACAACAGGCCGUCUAUCAAACCAAUGGUGUGAAGUACCAAAUCGGACCGUUAGGACAGUCGCUGUACGUCGGCUCCGGGUUUAUGAUGGACUGGAUGUACACCAAACUGGGCGUCACUAACAGCUAUCUGUGCGAACUCCGGGACAAAGGAGUGUACGGUUUCCUAUUACCGGCCGAUCAGAUACUGCCCACCGCUCGCGAGACCUGGAAUGGUAUCGCAGCCGCCAUUAGGAAAAUAUUUUAA